UAAUCAGUAACAUUCCCACGAGGGAUCAUCCUUUGGAACAGCAAAUAUUUGCUGCAGGCUGCAAACCCUAACCUUCUGUCUUUGCCCCAAAUGAAGGGCCUUCUCAGGUGCCCGGGAGCCACUCACUGGGAGCCUCGCUGCUGAAGGGAAGUGCUCCCGUGGCCUCCACUGUUGCCCAGAUGAAGGCGGUACUGAGCCUCCUGCUGCCCUGCCUCCUGGCCCAGGUGUGGCUGGUGCCCAGCUCCACCCCUGGUCCCCGCCUACUGGAGGCCCAGACAGGGCAGGAGACCCUGCCGACCCCCAGGGCCCAGAGGGAGAGCAGCGAGGGAGCGUGGGCUCCAGGGGAGGAGGAGGAGCACUCCCAGCUGACGGCUGGGGGUCAGAAGCUCUCCAAGGAGACCUCCAACCUGGGGUUCAGCCUGCUGCGCAAGAUCGCCACCAGGCACGAUGGCAACGUGGUCUUCUCCCCGCUCGGCCUGUCCCAGGCCAUGGUGGCCUUGACCCUGGGGGCUGGGGACCAGAGCAGAGCCCAGCUGGAGAGCGGGCUCAGCCUGGGGGCCCCAAACCAGACCCAGGCCGCACACCUGCCCGCCCUCUUUAAGAAGCUUCGAGAGAGCCUCUCCCGCAACCCGGAGCUGGGCCUGGCCCAGGGGAGUUUUGCCUUCAUCCAUGAGGACUUUGACAUCAAAGAGACCUUCCUCAAUAUCUCCAAGAGGUAUUUCGAUAUAGAGUGUGUGACUCUGAAUUUUCGCAAUGUCUCCCAGGCCAAAGGGCUCCUGAAUCAUUACAUUAACAAAGAGACUCGGGGGAAAAUUCCCAAACUCUUUGAUGACAUUAAUCCCGACACCAAAUUAAUUCUUGUGGAUUACAUCUUGCUCAAAGGGAAAUGGCUGACCCCUUUUGACCCUGCUCUCACCGAGAUGGAAACUUUCUACCUGGACAAGUACAAGGUCAUCAAGGUGCCCAUGAUGUACAGGGCUGGCAAGUUUGCCUCCACUUUUGAUAAAGAUUUUCGCUGCCACAUCCUCAAACUGCCCUACCGAGGAAAUGCCACCAUGCUGGUGGUCCUCAUGGAGAGGAUGGGUGACCACCUCGCCCUUGAAGACUACCUGACCACGGACCUGGUGGACAUGUGGCUCAGAAACAUGAAAACCAGAAGAAUGGAAGUUUUCCUUCCCAAGUUCAAGUUAGAUCAGAAGUAUGAGAUGCAUGAACUGCUGAAGCAGAUGGGAAUCAGCAGAGUCUUCUCACCCUGGGCUGAUCUGAGCGGACUCUCGGUUACUGCGAGAAAUCUUAAAGUAUCCAAGGUUUUACAAAGAGCGACGAUUGAGGUGGACGAAGAAGGGACGGAGGCAGUGGCGGGGACCCUGGCAGAAAUCACUGCCUAUUCCAUGCCUCCCAUCAUCAAGGUGGACCGGCCAUUUCACUUCAUGAUCUAUGAAGAAACCUCCAGAAUGCUGUUAUUUCUGGGCAGGGUGGUGAAUCCAGCUCUGCUGUGACUUAUGAUGUGAGUGAAGACUCAGAGCUAUAGCCACUGCAGAACCUGAGGUGUGUGAAGCUACAUGGGAUUUUGGCACUGGGGGCCCCCCUUCUCCCCCAAUGCUAGUGUGAGCCGUUCUUAGAUAAAUCUGAGCAUUACACUCAAAA